AUGAACAACCAGUCCUUGCAAAUCAAAACUGUUGAUCUUGAAGAAUGGACAGAUUACAUAGAUCAAGAAGUGUUGCCACAGGAACCCAAACCAUCUGAAAAGCAUGUCAAGAGACAUGAGAAUAUGGAUUUGACCUCCACUUACAGACAUGACUAUAACUUGUACAGUAUGUCUCAAGUAUCUCCAUGCUGCUCCUGGAGGAUGAGGAGACAUAUCCCCAGGGCCAAGAUGGAUAUAAGAAUUACUUACAAAGGCAAUGUCACCAGAUGGUAUUCAUUGGCAUAUCUUCAGUCUUUGCCAAUGCUGAGAUUUUGUGAUAUGCCACCUCCUAUGGUGAAACAUUAUGCCCAUGAAAUUCAGAAAUACAAGGUCAAUUAUGUUUCAUUUGAUGGCCUCACUAUGCACAAAAUUUUCUAACUGGAGUGGGCUGGUCAGCCAACCAAGCUUCCAAAACCAUACCAGAAAAAGCUAGUCCCUGUCUUCUUCUCAACUGAAUUUCAGGAAAAACACAAAGCUUGACUACAGCCCCGUGUAUCCACCAGAAAACCUGAUGUAUAUCUUCUUCCUCUGGAGAAAAUGGACCUUCACACCACUACUUGGACACAUUGGAAGCACCCAAAUGAAAAGCCAGCCAAGAUGUGUCAAUCUUUGGCACAGCCUAAUAAUAUUAAUGAACCAUAAAGCUCUUCUAUAGUGAAGGAAGACUAUAAGCCUUGGCUACGAAAUAGACUAAAACCUAUCACUCAUGCUCCAGAUUUCCCAGCAAAACCAAUAGAUUUCUUGACUAUGUUUUGGACCCAUCAUGGGCCUCCUUUGCUCACAGUUAGGUAAACCUAUAAACCUGUCUGGUCAGGCCCAAAGCAUCACACUCUCCUAGAUGCUAAAACAACCUACAUUACCAGUUAACCAAAGGGCAUUGUUAGAGGCCUGGCCCCUUACAAAGACCCAUCCACUUACAUCUUUGAGAAAACUGAUGCUGACUUCUUGAUUUUGCUUGUAACCUUCUUUUAAACCAGUUGCUGGUUUCAUAUUUGGAGAACUCUUAAAAUAAAUUUAAUUCCCUGGCACUGACUUUUUCUGGUUAAUUUGUAAA